CGUGCGCCUGCGCGUUGCGGCAGCGCACGUGUCCGAGCCGGAAGCCCGUACCGUGGCUGGAGACGCUUCGGGAUGGAGGGCGCGAUGGAGGCGCAGAGCGUGGGCGCCGAGGACGGCUUCACCCACGUUCUCCGCAAGGGAGAACGGCGGGCGAAGAAACGGCGGGCUGAGCAGCUGUCCUCGGCAGGAGAGGGCGCGGACGCGGGGCGUAUGGACACGGACGAGGCCCGGCCGGCCAAGAGGCCCGUGUUCCCGCCCCUCUCCGGGGACGCGUUCAUGAGUGGGAAAGGCGAAACCAGGAAAGUUCCAGUCCCAGCCAACAGAUACACGCCCUUAAAAGAGAACUGGAUGAAGAUUUUCACUCCGAUUGUAGAACAUUUAGGACUUCAGAUUCGCUUUAACUUGAAAUCGAGGAACGUAGAAAUUAGGACAUGUAAAGAUACCAAAGAUGUUAGUGCUCUGACCAAAGCUGCUGACUUUGUGAAAGCCUUUGUCCUGGGCUUCCAGGUGGAGGAUGCACUUGCCCUCAUUAGACUGGAUGACCUCUUCCUAGAGUCUUUUGAAAUUACAGAUGUGAAGCCCCUAAAAGGAGACCACCUAUCCCGAGCUAUUGGAAGAAUUGCUGGCAAAGGAGGAAAAACCAAAUUCACCAUAGAGAAUGUGACACGGACACGGAUAGUUCUGGCGGAUGUGAAAGUUCACAUCCUUGGCUCUUUCCAAAACAUCAAGAUGGCAAGAACUGCUAUUUGCAACCUCAUCCUUGGAAAUCCUCCUUCAAAGGUCUACGGCAACAUUCGGGCUGUGGCUAGCAGAGCAGCAGAUCGGUUCUGAUUGUGAAGGAGAGCCCUUUCAUCUUGUGUUUGGACUCCAGAGAAAAAGACCAUAUCCCCAACAAGUGGGCACAGGAAACAACAUGAAGAUUUUUUUCAGUCACUUGUAGCCUUGAUUUGUUCCUUCUUACCUUCUCAGUCAGACGUGAACAGAAAGAAAGGGGUUGAGUAUUCACAUUCAGCCAGAUCAUUUAGAUACCAGCAUUCAUUACCGUUAGCAGAUUUGCAUACUUUACAAUUCUCAUUUUGUGAGAAACUUAGGGUUUAAAAAGUUCUUCAGGGGCUGGAGCAAUAGCACAGCGGGUAGGGCGUUUGCCUUGCACGCGGCCGACCCGGGUUCGAUUCCCAGCAUCCCAUAUGGUCCCCUGAGCACCGCCAGGGGUGAUUCCUGAGUGCAGAGCCAGGAGUAACCCCUGUGCAUCGCCAGGUGUGACCCAAAAAGCAAAAAAAAAAAAAAAAAAAGUUCUUCAUGAGUUUGUAAGCUCUUUAUUUAUAAAUUCACUUUAAAAUUGUACACACAUUUCUUCUAGAACUUAUUAAAAAAUUAUCUCAGAAAAUUUCUGACUCUACCAUAAGUUCUGGGUAGUCUGCAUAAGCCAUUGUCAUGUGUAGGCUUUGAAUAUACUCAAAGGAUUAAUAACUAUGUCUCCAAAAACAUUCAUUCAAAAGAACAUAAACACACUAUUUAUUUCAGCACUGAGCACAAUAGCUAGGAUACAGAAUUCUAACCAGGUGUACAAUGAUAGAUGGGUGGAUAAUGAAGGUACGCAUAUACUCAAUGGAGUACUGUGCAGCUGCAAGGAAGGAUGGACUCUUGCAGUUUACUGCAACGUGGAUGGAACUCAAGGAUACCAUGUUAAAUGAAGAAGGAUAAAUACUGGAUGAUCUCACUUAUCUGCAGUGGGGAUACCUCAGUUACCCUUUACCUGGAUUAUUGAAAUAAGGUCAGAGAAGGAAAGAAAUCUAGAGAGUGUAAAUAAGAAGAGGCAGACUGGGAUAAAAAGGGCAGGGCAUCCUAGCACUUCGGUGGUGUAGAGGUAAGGGAUAUAUGUUUAAACAAAGCAGGAAACCUAAACCACAAUAACUGAAUUUUAAAAUGUGCCCAUUGAGGGCAAUGGGAGGGAAUAUGAGGACAUUGGUGAUGAGAUUGGUGUUAUUGCAUGCCUUGAAACUAUUAUGAGCACUUUAUAAAUCAUGGUGCCUUAAAUUUUAAGUUUGUAUUUGUCUUGCAGUUUGUACUUUAAAGUACAAAAUUAUAAGGAAAGUUUUUCAAAUUCCGUAUUUAAUAAAAGUAAUCAGAACUUUUUCAUUAA